AUGAAACCUAAAGAGAAAAAAAGAAUUUACAAAACUAAAGAUAAAAAAAAAUUAGUAAAAAAAAAAAAAAUUAAAACCGAAGAGAAAAACCAGCACUUAUCUAAAGCCCUAGUCAUUAAUCCCAAAACCAAUGAAGCGAAACCUGAAGCAAAAACUAAAGAAAAAACAUUAGCAAAAAAAAAAAAA